AUGCCUGCCGCCACAUCGCCAUACGAAGACUGGACCAAGGCGGAUCUCAUCGCAAAGCUCAUGGAACUAGAAUCAAAACGCGAAACGACGCAAUCGGCGGCGCGAGAGAAAAUCGACUUCGCCUGCCACGCGCGGCGCAAGAUCGCGCUCAGGUUCUGCUACGCCGGGUGGGCGUACAACGGGCUGGCCGUGCAGGCGCAGCCGACGCCGCUGCCGACCGUCGAGGGCGUGCUGUUCGCGGCGCUCGCGAAGGCACGGCUGGUCGAUCCGGAUGCGGGGAUGGACGGGUGUGGGUGGGAGCGGUGUGGGCGGACGGAUCGGGGGGUCAGCGCUGCGGGGCAGGUCGUGUCGCUCUGGGUGCGCAGCGCUUUGCGGCCAGAGGAGGAUGCAUCGCGCACUGGGGAGACGCUUGGCUCUACCCGUGCUGAGGAUGCGGAGGCCGGAGAAGAGGCAUGGGGUGAGGGAGAUGAUGACUUUUCUGGCGCGUUCGACGAGACGGAUUUCGCGGGGCCCUCUCGCUCGAGCAGCGCACAAGAGCAAGAAUUCCACUACGCGGUAGUUCUCAACCGGAUCCUCCCUCCCACCAUCCGGAUCAUUGCUUGGUCUCCGGUCUCGCCUGACUUCUCUUCGCGCUUCUCCUGCCAGUCCCGGCAUUACAAGUACUUCUUUAGCGCGGACGAGCUGGAUGUCGGGCGCAUGGCGGACGCGGCUUCGCUGCUCGUGGGGGAGCACGACUUCCGCAACUUUUGCAAGUUCGAUCCGGCUAAACAGCUGACCGUGUACACACGACGCGUGCAGAGCGCGACGAUCAGCGCCGUGCGCGACUCCGAUUCAGAUGGGAUGUACGUGUUUGAUCUAGUGGGGAACGCGUUUCUGUACCACCAAGUGCGCCAUAUCAUGGCGAUCCUGUUCCUCGUCGGAUCCGGGCUCGAGCCACCGUCGGUCGUGUCGGCGCUGCUUAAUGUGGCGCCGGGUGCCGAGGGCGACGCCGACGCAUCUCUGCCCGUCGUGGACACGAAACCCGAGUACCAGAUGGCCGACGGCCUGCCCCUCGUGCUAUACGCGUGCCACUACCCCGCCGGCGCGUUGGAGUGGCGGUCCGAUGCGGAGACCACGACGUCCUCGGAGGGGCUGUAUCGGCAGAUGCACACGGCGCUCGGGCGGUCUGAGAUGUUCGCCACGCUCAACCGAGUCUUCCUCGCCGCGGCCGCCGUGUAUCAUCCGAAGCCGCCGUCGACGCUCCCGAUCCACGAGACGGGUUUCGCUGUGGAUGGGAAGACGGCGAUGAACGUGCCCCUCGGCGGCUCGGAGGUCCGGUGGGUGGCAAAGUACGUGCCGGUACUAGAGCGCAAGCGCGGGGACCAUUUCGAGGUGGUCAACGAGCGGUGGAGGCUGGGCAAGGGUGCGAGAAGAGAUGAAAGGAAGAAGGCUGGGACCGAGGAAGCGCCAGUCUGUCCGGCUUAG